UUUUUUUUGGGACAAUGGUAAGAUGUAGCCGUAACAUGCCAGCCAUCUGACUCAGCCAGUGCUGGUGACAUAACUGGCUACCAAGGUGUCAAUCCCUGCAGAGGUAACAGCAUGAACUACCCAACAAGACUGGCUACUCCGUGGCAUGCUGCCAUUUUGCCAACCUGUGAUCUGUGGAAGAACAAAUAUACGUUGUCAAGUCCUUGACAGUCUCCAGCUGGCUCAUCUUCCCCCGGACCCGGCACCACCCAGGGGCAUGGUUAUUGUCAAGGGGAUGGUGAAGUUGGAGAGAGGCUCCCUUAACCCGCCUCCAGGAUGAACCCCCUGCAAGAAGACAUGGAGAACGCCCUCACCGGGAGCCAGAGCUCUCACGCUUCCUUGCGCGACGUUCAUUCCAUCAACCCUGCACACCUCAUGGCCAGGAUUGAGUCCUAUGAAGGAAGGGAGAAGAAAGGCAUAUCUGAUGUCCGGAGGACUUUCUGUUUGUUUGUCACCUUUGACCUCUUAUUUGUAACGUUACUGUGGAUAAUAGAGUUAAAUGUGAACGGAGGCAUUGAGAACACCUUAGAGAAGGAGGUAGUGCGCUAUGACUACUACUCCUCUUACUUCGAUAUAUUUCUCUUGGCAGUUUUUCGAUUUAAAGUGUUAAUCCUCGCAUAUGCCGUAUGCAGACUGCGCCAUUGGUGGGCAAUAGCGCUGACGACAGCAGUGACCAGUGCCUUUUUACUUGCAAAAGUGAUCCUCUCAAAGCUUUUCUCUCAAGGGGCUUUCGGCUACGUGCUCCCCAUCAUUUCGUUCCUCCUUGCCUGGAUUGAGACGUGGUUCCUGGAUUUCAAAGUGUUACCUCAAGAGGCGGAAGAGGAAAACAGACUCCUGAUAGUUCAGGAUGCUUCGGAGAGGGCGGCACUCAUACCUGGAGGUCUUUCUGAUGGCCAGUUUUAUUCUCCUCCUGAAUCUGAAGCAGGAUCUGAAGAAGAAGCUGAGGAAAAGCAGGACGGUGAAAAACCCCUUUUGGAACUAUGAGUACUACUACAGUACUACAUGUGAGAAAUUCGUCACUGAAAGUCACUGGAGGAGGACAAGGACCAGAGCCGGGGUCUUUCCUGUUGCAGGUUGAAGUGCUGACACCCGCCGCUGACUUCAGCGGACGGCCGAUAAGGAACUUAUUUAUUGUAAUACCUCAUAGACGUCUUACCACACCCACGUACAUUUAGGAGCCUGCCUGCGGCAGGUGCAUCAUGUGAUGAGCCACACCGCCUUGGGUGAGACUGAGUCUGAUCUGUCCGUGAAUACUUGGAGCCGAGUCUUGUGCUGUAUUCCCGAUCAAAAGACUUCUUAAUAUAUUGGAAUAACACUUUUUUAGUAAGCAAAAUCUCUUUUUAUUUGCUUUGCAGGGUUGGAGGUUUUUUUUUUGUUUCAUGUCUCAGAUUUCUUUUGUAUUUCUUUUUUUAACAUCCUACAUUUCCCUCGUGUUUUUUAACUCAUGCUUACGCACUCUUUGUACAAUUUUAAAAAGUAAUAAAAUCCAACGUAUCGAA